UUUAAGUCGUUUUAUUGCUGCAAAAUGGCUUGGCAUAAAAUACCGUGUAGCCGUCGUGAACUUCAGUUACUAGGUACUCUAAACGGGGGUCAAAGUUUUAGGUGGGAGUAUAAUAAAGAAACUGAUGUGUGGACUGGAAUUUUUUCCAAAACAGUUUGGAAGCUACGACAGGAUGACGAAAAUUUGCAGUAUCAAGUUAUGGGAUCGUUAUUAAAUAAAGCAUCGAAAAGCGGAAGCGAUAUGUUUCAGAAUUUACUAGAAAACUAUUUUCGCUUAAACUAUAAACUUAGUGAUUACUAUAAAAAGUGGUCAGAAAAAGAUGAACUAUUUGAAAAGGCCUGUAAACAGUUUUAUGGUAUAAGGAUGCUUUAUCAAGAGCCUGUAGAAAAUCUUUUUUCGUUUAUUUGUAGUCAAAACAAUCAUAUUUCUAGGAUAUCGACAAUGGUUGAAAAAUUAUGUAAACACUAUGGAGAGAAAAUCUGUGAAUUUGAUGGAGUAACUUACUUUAGUUUCCCAGAUGUUGAUAAAUUAAAACAGCCACAGAUUGAAUCAGAACUAAGAAAUUUAGGCUUUGGUUACAGAGCUAAGUUUAUACAAAAGUCCGCAGCACAGAUAGUGGAAUGGGGUGGAAGGCAGUGGUUCAAAAGCUUACAGGAAAUGAAAUAUAAAGAUGCUAGAUUGGAGCUUAUGAAGCUUUGUGGAAUAGGUCCAAAGGUGGCAGAUUGUAUAUGUUUAAUGUCUUUAAACCACCUUGAGGCUUUACCUGUCGACACGCAUGUGUACCAAAUAGCGGCCCAGAACUAUCUCCCACACUUAAAAGGAAAAAAGAAUGUUACUGAGAAAAUGUACUCAGAAAUUGGAGAUCAUUUUAGAAUGUUGUAUGGUGAUAUGGCUGGAUGGGCUCAUACUGUAUUGUUUUGUGCUGACUUAAAGAAGUUCCAGCAAAAUGAUGAACAGCUGUCAGAAGGUGAAAAGCCUAAGAAGAAGAGAAAAAAAUAAGAAAUCUAUGAUUUUUAGAGAAAUAAAAAAUAAUCAAUAAA